UGAACUAAGUUUGAUCUAGAUAGGAAGAAAGUUGAUUUGGAGGAUUUGAGAAUGCAGGUGGAACAGAUCUGGACAGAAGCAGCAAUCAAUGAAGGUCCCAAUUUCCGAAAACUCAAACAUGGACAAUAAAUUGAAAUUUUCGGAUCGCUUGAAGGCUUUGCUGAAAACCGAGGCACAUCAAGAUGUUGAUCCGUACAUUUUCAGUGAACCGGAACCAUUUGCCACGGCAGCGGGAAGACAUGCCACGAUGGUUCCACCGACAAAUUCCGAAGUGAUGCAAAGUUGCAAGAACAGCAAGUCGAAGGGGAAAUGCUUGAAGCAGAGGAUAAGGAUAGCGCCUGUUCCAGCUGCAGGCUACAAGAUUGUCGGGAUCAAUGCCACGCCAGAGACAAACUUUGACGACGGCAUGGGGGUGAACUUGGAUCACAAGUUUUCUAAUUUAGUUCAGUAUAAGCAACGACACAUUGAGAAUUUGCAGAGAUUGCGACCCAGAAGGCCAAGUCGGGACCACACGUUGUUGUACUAUCCGAGGGCCGGGGACGAGAUAUCUGACAGCGAUUCAAGCGGAGACGAAACGGUGAUACAUCAGCGUCAUUGGUUUUACAGCGAAUCUACUGCAUCACUAAAUCGAGCGGCUCGGCUGACCCAACUGCGUUCGCAGUUACAACGACAAUUGCUUCAGUUGCGUAUCGAUGGUGCCGAUGCUGAAGCUGUUCUGCGGCACAGGGUCAGAUAUUUGCUGAAUGCCGCGUCCAAAGAUCCUGCUUCUACCGCGCGAGCUUUGAGUGACUCUCCAAGUACCAGCAAGGUACUUAACGGACCACUAUUAGUUGGCGGGCCAUGUGGGGCGGAGGGAUGCCAACAGACGUCUUUGCCUUGUACCCGGCAUUGUUCCCGCCACAUUAUGUUGAACGGAGAUCAGCUUUUGUUUGAACAUUGCACUGCCAAAUUUAGUGACAACACACAGUGUUGUGUUCCUGUGUUUGAUGUCGCGCACGAAUUACCUCUUUGCCCAGAACACGCGAGGAAGAGAGACAAUUAUCACCGUAAAAUUCAAGAAUCCAAACCAAAGAAAGCUCGUAAAAAGCCUCCAGUCUCUCCUCCUAUCCCUGCAAAGCCUAAACCCAAGUCCAAACCGAAGAAACGUAAACGACCGCCCUCUAAUAAAAUAGAGACUCCCAAGAGUGUGGCACUGAUGCCCGAGGAGAGUCAUUUCAUGAGCCAAAUAAACUGUAGUGAAAACCAUACCAAGAUGUUGAACAAUUUGAAUAUUCCACAAGGAAGUUCAAAUACAUCUAACUUAAAUCUAGGAUUGGGAUUAGGCUCUCUUGGUCUGAGCGGAGGACUCAAAGUCGAGCUUGGGGAUAAUGAAGUUUUCGCUUCCUUGGAUUCUGCCGAGCAUGACUUUGGCAAUGUGCUCAACAACUUGCCCCCGGAUGCUUUUAACGACUUAUUUAUCGAGGGUAGAAACGGGGAUUAUGAGCCGUCGAGAGAAGAAGAGGAGGAAUUGCAACGGGCUUUGGAAGAAGUUGAUAAAGACGUACGAAACUUGGAGAGGAUGGGGCAGACGCAUGGACUUUUAGAGCCGGCCUUGCUUGCCCAGCUUAUGUCGGACAUUGCCUCGUAGCCCCACCAAUCCUAAUGUAAUAAUUUUUCGGAAAGGAAUUCGUGCGUGUUCCUUGUAAUGUAGAAAGAAAUACUGUUUGUGUAUGUGCUGCUAAACGUAAGAUUGCGUUAUAGACUGUUAUCACGUAGCCACGCAAGUCCGAGAUAAUGGCAGGGAUUGACAUACAGAAAGUAACAAAAAAAUUAAAAAAAAAACACACAAUAGCAAAUUUAUAAAUUUAGUAUAAACAGCAUCGGGUACAACACAGGUAGGUUUAUGUUAAACAAGUAGCAGUGUAAAAAUCGAGAAUUCCAUCCUUUUUGACAAAUAAUCACGGACAUUCUGCAUUAUUAUUACAUUUGCAAUACAUGCAACAUAUUUGUAGCUUAUUUGCAGAUAUUUUGACUUGCACUUGACAAAUUUGCUUAGAAAAAUUGUUAUAGCUGCAACACAUGCAAUCAUUUCAAGAGAUAAUGAAAUGUAUAAGUAGAGGGGACGAAAGUGGGCUCAGAGUUCACAUUAAUGGUUCAAACAAACUAGAUUCCAAUAUACGCGAGCUAAACGAGAUGCAUAGUUUUCAUUUUUAUAUACGGCUUAUUUUUAUUGAGACAAACAGCAGGAAUUAUCUAAAUUAUGUUUACUAAUAUAUAGCUCCUAUAUUUA